AUGAGGAUUUACAUCAGCAUGAAUGAGACAAACUGUCUCCAGAUGAGUGAGAAAAAUAACACUGAUGAGUUUACCUUCAUUGGCUUCUCCAGCCUUCCUCUGAUGAAAUUUUGGUUAACUCCAGCCCUUAUGUUCGCCUAUAGUUUUACCAUCAUAGAAAACAUCUUUCUCAUUACUUUAGUAAGAGUAGAUAAUUCUCUACAGACUCCCAAGUAUUUCUUCCUUGAACAUUUUUCAUUUCUGGAAUGUUGCUAUACUACUGUAAUUAUACCCAAAACACUGUACAAUUUGAUAACAAAUAUGACAACUGUUCGAUUCUCAACCUGUAUAUUACAACUGUAUUUGUUUCUUUCUUUGGGGGCAACUGAGUGUCUGCUUUUAGCAGCUAUGGCUUAUGAUCGUUAUAUUGCCAUUUGUUAUCCUCUUCACUAUUCUGUAAUGAUCAGUCAUCAUAUGUGUCUGUUGCUAGUUUGCUUCUCCUGGCUAGGGGGAUUCCUUGCUGCUGCUGUGCCAGUCAUCCUAAUAUCUCAAAUACAAUUUUGUAGCUUGAGGAUUAAUUACUUCUUCUGCGAUAUCCCACCUAUAAUGCAGCUGUCUUGCUGUAGAAUCAUUUAUAUUGAAUUUACAAUAUCUUUUAUUUCAUCAACAGUUCUGAUGAGUUCUUUCACUGUUAUUCUUAUUUCAUACAUUCAAAUUAUUAUAACUAUAUUUAUUAUUCCUUCAAACAGAGGUUUGCACAAAACUUUUUCAACAUGUGCUUCUCAUCUUGCAGUGGUCUCAAUUUAUUAUGCUUCUGGUGCUUUUAUGUAUGCAAGGCCAAAUGCGCAAGAAACUGUGGAAACAAAUAAACUGGUGGCAUUAUUUUAUGUUGUGAUAACUCCAAUGCUAAACCCCAUAAUCUACAGCUUUAGGAACAGUAAUGUCUUGCAAGCAAUGAGGCAAUUUCUGCAUAUUAAAAAGAUUAUAGUGUGA